AUGCGCGUGCACGUGGCCGCCGCGUGCAGCGGGCGCGACCUUGCCCUUUUGGACGCCGAGCCGUCGUGGGGCCUGCACGAGGUGCUCGAGGCGACGCCGGAGCUGGGCGGCGCGACCAGUGGCAGGCGGCGUGUCUUCUUCGGCACGGCGGAGUUGUGCGGGAGCGCCACGUUGGCCCAGAUCGGAGCCACGAGCGGCAGCCACCUGACGCUCGUGGUGGUGAAGGCGCGUCGCAUAGCGGUUUGUUGCGCCCGUUUGGUAAAGAUUGUCUCGCUUGAUUCGGGCAAGUGCUCAUCCACGCUGAGGGGCCACCAGGGCGCGGUGGAAUCAGCAGUUUUCUCACCAGUGGGAACCCAGGUACUGACGGCUUGCAAGGAUAAAACGGCGAGGAUCUGGUCCGCCUCCACAGGCAAGUGCUUGCAUGCGCUGGAGGGCCACCGAGACUCAGUAGUGUCGGCCGUCUUCUCGCCUGACGGGCGUUGGGCCUUGACGGCAUCAGUGGACUCGACGGCGAGAAUUUGGUCAGUCGACUCCGGGGAAUGCGUGAGCACGCUCGAGGGCCACCAGAAUGGCUUGCUGUCCGCCAAGUUCUCGCCAGACGGUCGGCGAGUGUUGACAGCCUCUCUGGACCACACGGCAAGGAUUUGGUCUGUUGAUUCUGGGGAGUGCGUACGCACGCUCAGCGGCCAUGACGACGCCCUUCGCUCCGCCGUGUUCUCACUAGACGGGCAGACGGCAUUGACGGCCUCGAAAGACAAGACAGCGAAGAUGUGGUCCGUCAGCUCUGGACAGUGCAUGCAUACGCUGGCAGGCCACCAAGGCUGCCUGCACGACGCCGUCUUCUCACCCGACGAGCGGCAGGUGCUCACGUAUGCUGAGGACUGGACCGCAAAGCUCUGGUCCACCGCCUGCGGGGAGUGCCUGAGGACGUUCGGGAGCCACCAGCACCAGGUCUGCAGUGCCGUCUUCACGCCGGACGGGCAGCAGGUAAUGACUGGCUCUACGAGCGGGGCGGUGAGGAUGUGGUCCGCGUCCAGCGGGCUGAGCCUGCGCACGUGGAAGGGCCACCGGUCGUUCCUGAUGUCUGCCGCCAUCUCGCCCGACGGGCAGGAGAGCUCCUGA